UUUUUUCUCUUAUUUUUUCCCCUUUCUUUCUCACAAAUCUCACACACCAAAACACACUCACUCUUCUCUUUAAUCUCUCUCUCUCUCUCUCUCUCUCUCUCUCUCUCUGAAGCAAAAUCACAAACACAAGGAAGACACACUCUUCUUCUCUCGUAUCUCGGAUUCUUCGAUUGUUUCAAAUGUGUACCGCUUCUUCAACUUCCUUCGUCCAAUUCGAGAUUCGCUGACACUGUUCUUCUUCCUUUUUAUUUGAAAGUUUAUUUAUUUUUCUAUUUAUUUUGGGUGAUUUGAAGGAAAAAAAAAUCGAAAUUUCCCAAACGAAAAUGGCUUCGAGCUUCAGCCCGCAGCUGAGUGGGGUUGGCUCCAUUUCUCGGCUGAGAUCUUCGUCCAUCAGGAAGCUGCCGGAGCCUCUCCGCCGCGCCGUCGCCGACUGCCUAUCCUCGUCGACAGCCACGACCUCCUCCGCCGCCAACGAACCAUCUAGAACACUCCGUGACUAUCUAAAAUCCCCUGCAACCACAGACUUGGCCUACAGUGCAAUUUUGGAGCACACUAUUGCAGAGAGGGAACGCAGUCCAGCAGUAGUCUCAAGGUGUGUGGCGCUUCUGAAGCGGUAUCUCCUAAGAUACAAACCAAGUGAGGAGACAUUGCUUCAGAUAGACCGUUUUUGUUCAACCAUAAUUGCUGAAUGUGAUAUUCCACCAAAUCAACUGGGGUCCCGAUCUUUGAAUCGACCAUCUGGUGCACCAACAUCUACAAAUACAUAUCCUUUGCCUGUAUGCACUAUUGCUUCGGAGGCACUCAUAAAGUCACUGAGUUAUGUGCGAUCCCUAGUGGCUCAACAUAUUCCAAAACGUCUUUUUCAACCGGCUUCUUUUGCUGGACCACCUUCUACAUCUGGACAAUCACUGCCGACAUUGUCAUCGUUGCUGAGCAAAUCCUUCAAGUCUCAACUAAGUCCAGCAACAAGUGUUCCGGAAACAUCAGAGAAAGAUUCAAAUACCCUAUCUGUUUCGAAGUUAUCAAAGAUCGAAGAUGAAAGAGAUGAAUUUGUGUUCAUUGCCCAUGAUGUCCUGCAAUGGCGUUGGCUUGAUGAACCACCGUCGUCAUCAACAGGGGCUGACAACGAUCGUGCUGUGAAUUCUCAAGACAUGAGGGCACAUAAUUUCUUAGAAGUAGGUGCAGCAUCUCUUCUAGUAGGAGAUCUUGAAUCCAAGAUGAAUGGGCAACCAUGGAAAUUUUUUGGAACUGAUGAUAUGCCAUACCUGGAUCAACUAUUGGAGUCUUCACCAGUAACACCAAUUACUGAUUCUGCUUCUGCUCGUCCCCACCUGAGAGUAAUAACAGCUUCUAAACGCACAAAACAGGGCUCUCGUGAAAUUUGGGAGGAUUCUCCCGUGAUUUCCUUCCGUCCACGAGCUCGACAGCUUUUUCAGUAUCGACAUUACAGUGAGCAACAACCUUUACGGUUGAACCCUGCUGAGGUUCGUGAUGUUAUUGCUGCUGUGUGCUCCGAGUCAUCUUCCCCAACUACCAAUGUCAUGACAGUGUCAAGUAGACUAACCAAUCAAAGUGGGAAACCAUCAAUGGAUGUGGCUGUUAGCGUCCUUAUUAAACUAGUGAUUGACAUGUAUGUUUUAGAUUCACGUACUGCUGCUCCUCUCACUCUUUCUAUGCUUCAGGAGAUGCUUAGUUCAUCUAAGCCAGCCUGCAGGGUUCGUGCUUUUGAUUUAAUUCUAAACCUUGGAGUUCAUGCUCAUCUUUUAGAACCAAUGAUUGCUGACGAUGUUUCCACAAUUGAAGAAUAUUCUCAAGAAUCCUAUUAUGACAGUGACACUCAACUUACGACCGAAGGAAGCAGAAAAGCAAAUUCCAAGAGCAAAUCGGAUGCAGAAUCUGCAAUUAAUAAUUUUGAAUCAUGGAUUUUAAAUAUUCUGUAUGAGAUACUACUUCUUCUUGUUCAGACUGAAGAAAAGGAGGAAUCAGUCUGGGCAUCUGCACUUAGCUGUUUGCUCUAUUUUGUCUGUGAUAGAGGGAGGAUUUGGAGAAAACGUUUGCAAGGACUUGAUAUAAGGGUUAUGAAGGAGCUUAUAAGAACCAGCAGGGAGAACUCUUGGGCAGAAUUAGUUCACUGUAAGCUUAUUUCAAUGUUAACCAACAUGUUUUAUGAAGUUCCGGAUGAAGUUGUUGAGCCUGAACUCUGCACGCCAAAGUUCCUCGUGGAUCAACUUGAUCUGAUUGGAGGAGUUCAGUUUAUUUUUUUGGAGUAUUCCCUUGCAAAUUCAAGAGAAGAGAGGAAAAAUCUGUAUGCAGUGCUUUUUGAUUACAUUUUGCAUCAAAUAAAUGAAUCGUGCAUAGCCUCAGGAGUCAGUGAAUACAGUGAUGAGGAGAUCCAACCUCUGGCUGCUCUGCUUGCUCAAACAAAUGCACCUGAGGCAUUUUAUAUUUCUGUUAAACUUGGGGUAGAGGGCAUUGGAGAGAUUUUGAGAAGAUCAAUUGCAUCUGCUCUUUCUAGAUAUCCCAACAGUGAAAGACUAAAUACGCUAUUGGAAAUUGUAGCAGAGAAAUUUGAUGCAAUAAUAAGUUCAUUCACUCAUUUAGAUAAGGAGUUCACUCAUAUGAUUCAGAUAACCAAAUCUCACAAGUUUCUAGAAGAUAUGGAGAAUGUGUCUCUAAGGAAUGGAAGUGGUCUGAAGGCAAAGCACUCAUGGUCCACUUUACAUUCCCUCCUACAUUCUGAAAGAAUUUCUUAUCGUCAAAAUGGGUAUAUCUGGUUAGGUGAUCUUCUUAUUGCUGAGAUUAGUGGAGAAAGAGACGGAGAUAUAUGGUCAAGCAUCCAAUACUUCCAGAAGAAAAUUGCUCAAGCUGGAAUCCCAGAUUCUUUAAAUACGGCAGAUGUUCCUUUGCCCAUUUUACUGAUGUGUGGUCUUUUAAAGUCGAAAUACAACUAUAUUAGAUGGGGUUUUUUGUAUGUUCUUGAAAGGCUUCUUAUGAGAUGCAAAUUUUUGUUAGAUGAGCAUGAAAUGCAACAGUCAAACAGAAAAGGCCGUGGGAAAAAAGAUUGGCAUCUUGAGAAGGCCAAUGCAAUGAUAGACACAAUGAGCAGUGCCUUGAAGUUGGUGUUUCAGAUAAAUGAAACAGACCGAAUGAAUAUUCUAAAAAUGUGUGAUAUACUAUUUUCUCAAUUGUGCUUAAGAGUUCCUCCAGCUACAGCUCUGUCCUUUGGAGAUGAUGUGCAAAAUGGUAGAAAUCCAAGUCUCACAAGUGCAAGUAGAAGGUUUGACAGUGAUUACAAUGUCCUGAAACAAGAUACAUUGCUCUGGGAUGAUGCAAAUAAGGAAGAAGCUAAUAAAAAAUCCAGUUACCCUAAUAACUAUCCCCUAGAUCAUGCGACUGCAUCAAUGGCAGCACUUCUCCAAGGACGGGCCAUUGUCCCAAUGCAGUUAAUCGCACGUGUUCCUGCUGCCUUGCUCUAUUGGCCACUAAUUCAAUUGGCCGGAGCAGCUACUGAUGACAUUGCAUUGGGUGUUGCUGUUGGAAGUAAAGGAAGAGGAAACCUGCCUGGCGCAACAUCCGAUAUCCGAGCCACACUUCUACUACUACUUAUUGGUAAAUGUACAGCAGAUCCUGUUGCUUUUGAGGAAGUUGGUCUGGAACAAUUCUUUAGGGAACUCCUGGAUGACACAGAUUCAAGAGUCGCAUAUUAUUCUUCUGCUUUUCUUCUGAAGCGAAUGAUGACCGAGAAGCCAGAGAAAUAUCAACACAUGCUUCAGAAUCUCGUCGUUAAAGCUCAACAGAGCAACAAUGAAAAACUGUUAGAGAAUCCAUACCUUCAAAUGCGUGGCAUACUACAAUUGGCAAAUGAUCUUGGAGUUGACUUGUGAUCUUAAUGGCAUGUCUUUCCUGGGGGAAUUUAUCUUUUGGAGUAGGAGAUCCAUGCUGGUUUAAGGAAUCAUCACGAUUUAUUCUUGGGAAAAAUCUUCCUUCCAGAAACAAAAUAGUGAUUAUUAUGCAACUUGGUUGACGAAAGUAUAAUUGUGGCCAGAGAGAAUAGUCGUGUUGAGUUUGGUGAGUUGAUUGGUUAUUCAGGGAAUUGUCAGAACCAGGAAACUUGCUGUGUGCCAUGAAUGCCUGUUGAUCUCUUCAGGUAUCAUGAUUUUGGAGAGCCAUGCUGUAAUGCUGUAUCUGUCAUCACGCCUUUAUCUUCUGCAUGUAUUUCUACUGAGAAACUUAUGGAAGUUUGUUCAGCUGAUGGAGCACGAGUCGCCAGAUGGUAGAUGAAAUCUAGAGUUCUGUUCAGGAUAAUUUGAACAUUCCUGAUGGACUCAUCUGCGAAAUAUUGCUGAUCUUGACUCGACAUGCUUAGAGUUGUUGGCUGGUGUGCAUUAAUAUACCUAGGGAAAAUAAAAGUUUGCAGAGCUUCAUGGAAUUGCUCCUCAUGUAAUAUGUACAGGAAUUAGAUCCCACCAAGCCUUCAGUUUUUUAUUUUUUUCAUUCAUGAAGGCUACCCUGUGUGCUUGCUUUUUUUAACUUAGCAUUACAGGAACUUUCAUGGGAAAAGGAAAAAAUUCCUCAGUUUUGUACUAAGUUUGUCAAUAUGAUCACAGAUAUCCAAUGGAAACCUCUGAUGGGAGGCAUCAUGGGGUGUCUACUUUUAGAAGCCUCCCAAGUUGCUCUCCUUGUUUUCUGUAAA